UCCAGCGGCUCCAGGGCGGCGGCGGCGGCGGCGGCGGCGGGCAUGCGGGGCAGCCGGCGGCCCGCGGCGCGCGGCGCGUUCGUUCCCCGGCGGUGGCGGCGGCGCGCGGCGGCUCUCGCGUGAGCGGCGGCGGCCGGAGCGUCCGGCAGGGCGCCCGACGGGCGGAGUGCCCGCGUCUGAGAGGCGGCCCGGCCGGGCCCGGCGGCGGCGCCAUGUGGAGCGGCCGGAGCUCCUUCACCAGCCUGGUCGUGGGCGUGUUCGUGGUGUACGUGGUGCACACCUGCUGGGUCAUGUACGGCAUCGUCUACACCCGCCCAUGCUCCGGCCACGGCCGCUGCAUCCAGCCCUACCUGGCGCAGAGGCCCAAGCUGCAGCUCAGUGUGUAUACCACCACGCGCUCUAACCUGGGCGCUGAGAACAACGUGGAUCUGGUCUUGAACGUGGAGGACUUCGACGUGGAGUCGAAAUUUGAAAGGACAGUCAACGUCUCUGUUCCCAAGAAAACGAGGAACAACGGCACGCUGUACGCCUACGUCUUCCUCCACCACGCCGGCAUCCUGCCCUGGAACGAUGGGAAGCAGGUGCACCUGGUGAGCCCACUAACCACCUACAUGGUCCCCAAGCCAGAGGAGGUCAACCUGCUCACCGGGGGACCCGCAGCGCAGCAGCAGACCGAGGCCGAGAAGAGGCCGACGAGUGCCCUGGAUGAGCCCGUUUCUCACUGGAGGCCCAGACUGACCCUGAACGUGAUGGUGGACGACUUCGUCUUUGACGGAGCCUCCCUGCCUGCAGACGUGCAGCGCUACAUGAAAAUGAUCCAGCUGGGGAAGACAGUGCAGUACCUGCCCAUCCUGUUCAUCGACCAGCUGAGCAACCGCGUCAAGGACCUCAUGGUCAUCAACCGCUCCAGCACCGAGCUGCCACUCACCGUGUCCUACGACAAGAUCUCGCUGGGGCGGCUGCGCUUCUGGAUCCACAUGCAGGACGCCGUCUACUCGCUGCAGCAGUUCGGGUUCUCAGAGAAAGAUGCUGACGAAGUGAAGGGGAUCUUCGUCGACACCAACUUGUACUUCUUGGCGCUGACCUUCUUCGUGGCUGCGUUCCACCUGCUUUUUGACUUCCUGGCGUUUAAAAGCGACAUCAGCUUCUGGAAGAAGAAGAAGAGCAUGAUCGGCGUGUCCACAAAAGCAGUGCUCUGGCGCUGCUUCAGCACCGUGGUCAUCUUCCUGUUCCUGCUGGACGAGCAGACGAGCCUCCUGGUGCUGGUGCCCGCGGGCAUCGGAGCCGCCAUCGAGCCACAAGUCUUGUGGAGACCGACUUCACUGUUGUGCCGACCCCACUUCGGGGGUGGCCACCGGGAGACACCCAGCCGAGGCAGGACACGGAACUCUGGGCUGCCUGCGGGGCUGGAAGAAGGUGCCAGGGCGAGUCUGGAGCUGUGGAAAGUGAAAAAGGCCUUGAAGAUGACCAUCACCUGGAGAGGCCUGCGGCCCACGUUUCAGUUUGGCGCUUGCAGCGAGUCUGAGCGGAGGACAGAGGAGUACGACGCCCAGGCCAUGAAGUACUUGUCUUAUCUGCUCUACCCUCUCUGCGUUGGGGGCGCUGUCUACUCGCUGCUCAACAUCAAAUACAAGAGCUGGUAUUCCUGGCUGAUCAACAGCUUCGUCAACGGGGUCUAUGCGUUCGGCUUCCUGUUCAUGCUGCCCCAGCUCUUUGUGAACUACAAGAUGAAGUCAGUGGCCCACCUGCCCUGGAAGGCCUUCACCUACAAGGCCUUCAACACCUUCAUUGACGACGUGUUCGCCUUUGUCAUCACCAUGCCCACCUCCCACCGGCUGGCCUGCUUCAGGGACGAUGUGGUGUUCCUCGUGUACCUGUGCCAGCGGUGGCUUUAUCCCGUGGAUAAGAGUAGAGUGAACGAGUUUGGGGAGUCCUACGAGGAGGCCCCUCAGCGGAAACCCCACACAGACUGAGCCGGGCAGGGCGCCGCUGCAGAGGGCCGGUGGCUCGGGUGGGCCUCCUGCCAUCACAGCCUCUACGUUGCCAAACCCCCGAGUGUCCCUCAUGGCCUCGGGUGCCUCCAUGCCGUGUCCGCGGUGCCGACGGUGCUGAUGCCGCCGCUGGCACGGACGUCCAUCCUGGUCACUAGGUCCGGGAGCGUCUGGUGCCCACGGGUGCUGGGCGGCUCCUGCGGGGUCCCCACCCCGGAUACCGUCUCCUGGGGUCUGUGGGCGCUCCUCACGGGGAUUUCACAUGCCUCCUUAAAUCCAUUCCAUAUAGACUCUGGGGUCAAAUGGCUUUUUCCUUUUUGUUUAAAUUUGACUAUUUUACAGCUUAAUGUAUGUAUGUUUCUAUUUUAAAAUAAAUUUCUCUGGCUGUGCACUCUUCGUGGCCUGACAUGA